UCGCAAUUAAAAGGCAGUUCGAAAUUGGAAAUUCGGAAUCGCGCCCUAGCAAUGUCCACCCUGAUGUUUUCUUUAUUUAUUAUCAAUAUUAUUCUAACUAAUUCGAGUACUGCUGCUAAAAGACAGUCGACGAAUGGUACUUGGUUACGUAUGGGUAUGAUUUUCGACGACAUGAUGCAAAACGAUGAAGGUUUACCGUCUUGCCGAGCACUUCCCGGACUCAGUCCGGGUCAAAGGAGACUGUGCCAAUUGUAUAUAGAUCACAUGAAUGCCGUCGCUGUCGGAGCUAAACACACUUUGACGGAAUGCAAACACCAAUUCCACAAUAGGAGAUGGAACUGUACAAUUUCCGAUGACGUUACUGUAUUCGGACCGAUGAUAACCGUGGCUAGUAGAGAAACCGCUUUUGCGCAUGCUUUGGCAUCAGCUGGUGUAGUCCAUGCAGUAUCAAGAGCAUGUCGAGACGGUCAAUUGUCAUCUUGUGGUUGUUCUAGAAUGAACCGCCCCAAAGAUUUAAAAAAAGAUUGGGUAUGGGGUGGAUGCGGAGAUAACUUAGAAUACGGUUAUAAGUUCACGCAAAGUUUUGUGGACGUAAGGGAAAAGGAAAGGAAAUAUAAAAGAGGGACUAGAGAACAAGGAAGAAUCCUUAUGAAUUUACAUAAUAACGAGGCGGGACGCAGGGCAGUUAUAAAGAAAUCGAAAGUAACUUGUAAAUGUCACGGCGUAUCUGGCUCCUGUUCUCUAAUAACUUGUUGGCAACAACUAGCGACCUUCAGAGAAAUCGGUGAUUAUUUAAAAGAUAAAUAUGACGGAGCAACAGAAGUGAGAGUAAAUCGUAGAGGACGUCUUCAAUUGCGAGACCCUCAAGUUACCAUUCCUACGUCGUACGAUCUAGUGUAUUUAGAAGAUUCUCCCAAUUAUUGCAUCAAAGAUGAAGUUACUGGAUCUUUGGGUACUCAAGGUCGAGUUUGUAACAGGACAUCGCCUGAUAUAGACGGUUGUAACCUGAUGUGUUGUGGUCGUGGUUAUAAUACUAUCAAAAGUGUGAUUAAAGAAAGAUGUCAAUGUAAAUUCGAGUGGUGUUGUAAAGUGCAGUGUAGAACUUGUGUGCGAUCUACGGAAAUACAUACUUGCAAAUGAAAUUUGUUAAAUUUUAUGGAUAUUUGUUUCCUAUAUUAAUUAAUUCAACUGUGAGUAUACAUUUCAGUUUUUUUAUUCUCUUUCCCAUAUAUAAAUGAAAACAAAAUGGAAUAAUUAUCAGUGGCGUGCUAAAUAAUUUUGAGUUUAUUCGACCCUCAGUAAGGGUCGAAAUGUCAAACAUAAAUUAUUUAUACAAUUUAAUGUACGUUUUUUGUCGAGUGAGUUGUAUUUUUUUGUAAAUUUUUAAGUAAAACAUCGUUUAAAUUAUUGGAUUUUAGUGUUUUGGAGAAAUAAAAUCGAAUUAAGCUUGUAAUUUGGUUAUUAUUUUUCUAUUUUUGGUUAGAAAAAUUGAUAUUUCUAGUAUUUUUUUUCGUUUUGUGUAUUUUUUCGGCUAAAUUCAAAAUUUCAAUAAUUUUUUGACGUACUUGGAUGAAAUUUUAGAUUAGGUUCUGAGUGCUUGAUAAGUUUGGUAUUUUCAAUACUUUUCUUAUUUCAUUUAUUUUCUAACGCACUUUGACAAAAUGUUUAAAAACCAAAAUUUCGACACUUUCGUUUUUAUUUAUAACUAAAAAUGAAAAAAACUACUAAAAAUAUAUAUUUUUCGGUUUUUUACUACCAAAAAUCUUGUGGUCUCAUUUCCAAACAUCUACCCAUAAUUUAAUUCAUUUAAGAGUCACCCUCAUUUUUCUAUAGAAUGGCGGAUGUACAGGGGAUAUUUCAUUUAUUUGUAUAUCUAUCGUAAGAUGUAAUUUAAAUUAGAUUAAGAUAAAUUUGUACAACUAGUACUUAAGACUGUAUCAUUUUUUAUUUAUUUGUUGAAAUUCGUAAUAUACUUGUUUAUAUUUCAAACA